AUGAAUAACGCGGACAGAGGAAAGGGCCGCGGUUGGCAGCAACCGGACAAUCCUCCGAAGGAAUUGCGCCGUCCUAAAACUUUAUCCGAUGAAACAAAAGUUGAAGCGCCUAAGUCGAAUCUCUCAGCAGAUGCAAAGGAAUGGUAUCCUCGCAACUAUGUGCCCCAACCACCGGUAACAUAUACACAGGAUACUAAUCAGUACAGAUUGCCACGAUUCUCAGUGCAGGAUCGUCUGCGACAAGCCCAGGAUCAAGGCCCUUAUAAUUUCAAUGAAAUGGCCCAAUUCAUUGAUGAAACAGAUAAUGUGGAUUUAAGGGAGCAUAUCCAAUACCUAAUCACAGUUAUGUGUGAGAUAACCUUUGAGCCUGGCAAGUUCGACAUGCUUUGUGGCUCCAUAGUGGACUUAUUUGCGUCUACUCUUCAGGAUGUUACAUACACUAGACAUCUGGUGGAAGCUAUCGUUAACCAGUCCAUUGCCGAGUCGAAUUUCCGAUACAAUGGCGCGCGUUUAUGUUCAAUGUACGAUUCGGUUGCGACACCCGAAGAGUCAACCUUCCGAGCUUGCUUGCUUGAGCGUUGCUCUGCUGAAGAGAACAAGAUAAUCAGUGGGGUGGAGACAUCAGAGGAGAAUAUGCGCGGGUUUGCAAUGUUCCUUGCUGAGAUCUACACCCAACUGGAGGACAGUCAGGGUGGAAGAAUAAAGACAUUUGGGGAGAGUCUAUGCAAAGUGUUGCUGCACCUGUUGGAUACUGAUAAAGAAACCAAUAUAAAAGCUGUUUGCCAGUUGCUAAAGUUGUCAGGCAUAGCGCUAGACGCCGACUGUCAGACGGGCAUGCACGCAGCUUUCGAGCGGCUCAAACGUCGGUCGCAUCUCGGCUGCGUGCGCGCAGUCAUCGCGCUGCGCAACGCUCGCUGGGGCCUAGCUAACUCUGAGCAGCUUGCACCCGUCGCGCAUCCAGCCAUACCCCACUCUAAUCCACCAGCGGUUACCGACCCGAGAAGGAGAUAUAAUGGUGUGGUGAACCCAGACGGCGGUUACCUCGCGGACGGUUACACCUUGACAGCUGAGGAGUGUGCAUUUAUGCAAAGCAACCUGCCGCCCAAUAAAACCGCUUCCAUUGAGGAGGAUAUCCUCGCUGAGCUGGAAACAGACGCGUGGGAAACCGGCAUGGACCCAGAGAUGCAGGAGGGCUUCCUUGAGUUCCUUAAGCUCUCCAACCAGAUCAAGCGAUAA